CUCUAUCCAUUGCGUUGCCGGAUCGAGGUCGCCCCCUCCCCCUCUGGAACCUCGCUUCGCCGCACGGCACAAAAAGCACGGGCGCGUGCUGCCUCCCCUCCACACGUUUCCGCCUCCCGAUCCAUAGCCGCCGCCGACGACGACACAGCUCCUUCUUCUCCCUCUCCAACCCUCGGGAGCGAGCCAGCCCUCUGCUCCUCGCGCUCGACACCUCACCGGCGGCGCAAAAGGCGCAGCCCGCACCGCGGGAGAGCCGCGAGCUCGAGCUCUUCUUUUUCCUGGGGGGCGGUUCGGCGCGCGGGAUGGCGGCGGGCGGGCGGGACAGCGCGUCGGCGGCGCGCGUGAUGGAUGACUACGAGGGCGGGGCGUCGGACGGCGAGAUGGACGUGGAGGUGGGCGACGGGUUCCACGGCCGCGACGCCGACCGGAGAGACGACGGCGGGGACGGCGACGACGAGUACUCGCUGCUCACUAGAAUAACUGACACAUCGGCAGCUGAAGCAAGAGCAGGAAAGGAUAUACAGGGUAUACCAUGGGAGAGGUUAAACAUAACCAGGCAGGAUUACAGAAAAGCUAGGUUGGAACAGUACAAAAACUAUGAAAACUUCCCUCAAUCUGGAGAGCUCAUGGAUAAGUUGUGCAAGCAAGUAGAGCAGGGCAGCAAGUAUUACGAGUUUCAGCACAACACUAGAUCAGUGAAGCCAUCGAUUCUCCAUUUUCAGCUUAGGAAUUUGUUAUGGGCAACUUCGAAGCAUGAUGUCUAUUUUAUGUCAAACUCCACAUUAGGCCACUGGUCAUCAUUGUCUCACAAUAUGUCAGAGGUUCUGGACUUCUCAGGGCACGUUGCUCCAGCAGAGAGACAUCCUGGCAGUUUACUAGAAGGGUUCUCUGGGGUUCAAGUUAGCACACUUGCUGUGAAUGAGGGUGUAUUGGUAGCUGGUGGUUUUCAAGGAGAAUUAAUUUGCAAGGGUUUGACAGACCGAAAUAUUAAAUUUUGUACAAGGACAUCUUUGAGUGACCAUGCUAUAACGAAUGCCAUAGAUAUACACGGAUCGGCAAGUGGAAGCUUGCGCAUUACGGUAUCCAAUAAUGAUUGCAGUGUUCGUGAAUAUGAUAUCGAAAGAUUUCAGCUCUUGAACCACUUCCGUUAUAACUGGCCGGUGAAUCACACAUCCGUGAGCCCGGAUAGGAAACUUUUGGCGGUAGUUGGAGAUGAUCGGGACGCUCUUCUUGUGGAUUCACGAAAUGGGAAGGUAACAUCUACCCUAGUUGGCCAUCUGGACUACUCAUUUGCUUCCGCAUGGCACCCAGACGGGCGCACCUUCGCGACCGGGAACCAGGAUAAGACCUGUCGUGUCUGGGACAUCCGCAACCUGUCGACCUCGCUCGCGGUCCUGAGGGGCAACAUCGGGGCGAUCCGGUGCAUCCGCUACUCCUCCGAUGGACGAUUCCUGGUUUUCUCAGAGCCUGCCGACUUCGUGCACGUCUACAGCACUGCCGCGGACUACAAGAAGCGUCAGGAGAUCGACUUCUUCGGCGAGGUGUCCGGGAUCACGCUCAGCCCAGACGACGAGUCCCUGUUCGUAGGUGUGUGCGACCGCGUCUACGCCAGCUUGAUGCAGUACAGGAUGAUCCAUCAUUUCGAUUACCUUGACUCGUACAUGUGAAGAAUGGAGCUUUGGUGUUUGUGUUGGGUGCUGGCUGUAGGCCACUGCUCCUGGUGACGGUUCUGGUGUGCGGUUCAGGGAAUGUUUCUCCCUGUUCAGGUGCGCUGGUCCAUGGUGCGUUGAGACUCGAGCGAGUCUGCCUUGUAAAUAGUUGGCUAUUGAAGCGUAACAUCAAGGGCCAAUAAUGUAUGGACAUAUGAGCAGAGUAGUGUAUCCUUUGAGUGGUUAGUUCCAGACUCUAGUAUCCAAAUAUCUCUCGACUAAAUUCAUAUGGCAUGUUUGUACUUUGGGAUACAAGAGUUUUGUAUGAAUUUCGUUAGAAUC